UGUCUUUGAAAGUGAAACUUGAGAGAACCAUUUCGUGAUGAGGGGAAAGGAAAUCUUUUUAGCAGUAAAACCACAAUGAGUAACUAAAGAUAAAGCUAUAAUAUGUAAACAUGCUGAAUUUACACAAUAGUUUUGUGCGGUUUUACUGAAAUUUUAAAGUACACAGGUUUAUGUUUUUUUUUUUUUUUUUAAUGACAUGAAGUCUUCCGGUAAGUGAACUCUGUGCUGAUACAGAGUUUGGUUAUAAGACACUGAUGUUGGAGUGAAGUAAACGUAGGACCUGCUGUAAUCUGGAGGAGACAUGACCUCCAGCAUAAGUGUGUCUGGAAAACAGGACUUAAAGAAAGAUGACAGAACGAUGGAGGGAAAGAGAUCAGACUCACCAGAACCCAGCUGUGUGUCCAUGAAGAGUGACCAAUCAAUGGAUGCUCCAGUUAAGUUCAGAGAUGGAGGCAGUUCUACUGAUCUGAGAACGAUGGAGGGAAAGAGAUCAGACUCACCAGAACCCAGCUGUGUGUCCAUGAAGAGUGACCAAUCAAUGGACCCUCCAGUGAAGUUCAGAGAUGGAGGCAGUUCUACUGAUCUGAGACCUCAAAAGAAAAACAUCCUCGGCAGUAAUCAGUUGGAGUCCAUAUUCAAGGAGCUGGAACACAAAAUCAUCAAACUAUUAAAGACUGAGCUGAAGAGGUUUAGGACGCUCCUGAGUCCAGAUUACCCAGCAUGCACUGAGAGGGAGGUGGAGGAUGAGGAGGAUCUGCAGAGUAUCAGAGAGGGAGCGCUGAAGAUCACACUGCAUGUCCUGAAGAAGAUGAACCACACAGAUCUCGCUAACACACUGCACAACAAGCUGGACCUGGUCUCUGAGUACCAGCAAACACUCAAAUCCAAACUGAGACAGAAGUUUAAAAGAAUUAAUGAAGGAAUCUCCCAGCAUGGAAGCUCAGCACUUCUGAAUGAGAUCUAUACAGAGCUCUACAUCACAGAGGGAUGGAGUGGAGAUGUCAAUAAUGAACAUGAAGUGAGACAGAUUGAGACAAUGUCCAGGAGACCAGCAACACAGGAGACAGCCAACAAAUGUAAUGACCUCUUUAAAGACAAGUCCAUCAGAACUGUGCUGACUAAAGGAGUUGGAGGGAUUGGAAAAACAGUCUCUGUGCAGAAGUUCAUUCUGGACUGGGCUGAAGGAAAAGCAAAUCAGGACAUCACCUUCAUGUUUCCACUUCCCUUUAGAGAACUGAAUUUGAUGAAGCAGGAAAACCUCAGUCUGAUGAAUCUUCUUCAUCACUUUUUCCCAGAAAAGAGAAAACUAGAAUUACUAAAUUGUGAUGCCUACAAAAUCCUGUUCAUCUUUGAUGGUCUGGAUGAGUGUCGACUUCCUCUAAAUUUCCAGAGCAAUGAGAGGUUGUGUGAUGUGACAGAGUCAGCCUCAGUGGAUGUGCUGUUGACAAACCUCAUCAAGGGGAAUCUGCUUCCCUCUGCUCUCCUCUGGAUAACCUCUCGACCAGGAGCAGCCAAUCAGAUCCCUCCUGAGUGUGUAGACCAGGUAACAGAGGUGCGAGGGUUCAGUGAUCCUCAGAAAGAGGAGUACUUCAGGAAGAGGAUCAGUGAUCAGAGUCUGGCCAAUAAAAUCAUCACACACAUGAAGUCUUCAAGGAGCCUCUACAUCAUGUGCCACAUCCCAGUCUUCUGCUGGAUUUCAGCCACUGUUCUAGAGAGAAUGUUGGGUGAAGCAGAGAGUGGAGAGAUCCCCAAGACUCUGACUCAAAUGUUCACACACUUCCUGAUCUUUCAGAUCAAACACAAGGACCAAAAGUACCAUCAGAAAUGUGACCCUGAUCCUCAGCAGACCAGAGAGAGUAUCCUGGCACUGGGAAAACUGGCUUUCCAACAGCUGGAGAAAGGUAACCUGAUCUUCUAUGAGGAAGACCUGAGAGAUUGUGGCAUUGAUGUCAGAGAAGCGUCAGUGUACUCAGGAGUGUGUACCCAAAUCUUCAGAGAGGAAUUUGGGCUUCACCUAGGGAAGGUGUUCAGUUUUGUGCAUCUUAGUGUUCAGGAGUUUCUGGCUGCUUUAUACACAUUUCUCUCCUUCAUCAGCAAAAAUGUAACAGAACAACAAACCACUGAUCCUUUCAGCAAGUCAGAUAUCUCUGAUUUCCUCAGGAGUGCAGUGGACAAGGCCUUACAGAGUGAGAAUGGACACCUGGACCUGUUCCUCCGCUUCCUUAUGGGUCUCUCACUGGAGUCCAAUCAGACUCUCGUACGAGGCUUAAUGCGACAGACAGGAAGCAGCUCUCACAGCAAGCAGGAAACAGUCGAGUACAUCAAGGAAAAGAUCAGGGAGAAUCCAUGUCCAGAGAAAUCCAUCAAUCUGUUCCACUGUCUGAAUGAACUAAAUGAUCAUUCUUCAGUGCAAGAAGUACGAACUUACGUGAACAGAGGAGGUUACCGUCGUCUCAGUAGAACUAGACUCUCUCCUUCCCAGUGGUCAGCUCUGGUGUUUGUGUUGCUGAACUCAGAACAGAAGCUUGAUGAGUUUGAUUUGAGUAAAUACUACCCAUCAGAGGAAUGUCUUCUGAGGCUGCUACCAGUGGUCAAAGCAUCCAGAAAAGCUUUACUCUGCUGGUGUAAUCUCACAGAGAAAAGCUGUGGAGUUCUGUCCACAGUUCUCAGCUCAAACUCCUCCAGUCUUAGAGAACUGAACCUGAGAGAAAAUUUUCUGCAGGAUUCAGGAGUGAAGCUGCUCUCUGCUGGACUGGAGAGUCCACACUGUACACUGGAGAUAUUGAGUCUGUGGAAUUGUUAUCUCACAGAGAAAAGCUGUAGAGUUCUGUCCUCAGCUCUCAGCUCAAACUCCUCCAGUCUGAGAGAACUGAACCUGAGUCACAACAAACUGAAGGAUUCAGGAGUGAAGCUGCUCUCUGCUGGACUGGAGAAUCCACACUGUAAACUGGAGAUACUCUGGUUGUGUGGGUGUAAUCUGUCAGAGGAAAGCUGUAGAGUUCUGUCCUCAGUUCUCAGCUCAAACUCCUCCAGUCUGAGAGAACUGGACCUGAGUAAAAAUAACCUGCAGGAUUCAGGAGUGAAGCUGCUCUCUGCUGGACUGGAGAAUCCACACUGUACACUGGAGACACUGAGACUACGUGGGUGUAAUCUGACAGAGGAAAGCUGUAGAGUUCUGUCCUCAGUUCUCAGCUCAAACUCCUCCAGACUGAGAGAACUGAACCUGAGUAAAAAUAACCUGCAGGAUUCAGGAGUGAAGCUGCUCUCUGCUGGACUGGAGAAUCCACACUGUACACUGGAGAUACUGAGGCUGCCUGAUUGUGAUCUAACAGAGGAAAGCUGUAGAGUUCUGUCCUCAGUUCUCAGCUCAAACUCCUCCAGACUGAGAGAACUGGACCUGAGUAACAAUAAACUGCAGGAUUCAGGAGUGAAGCUGCUCUCUGAUGGACUGAAGGAUCCACACUGUACACUGGAGAUACUGAGGAUGUGUAACUGCAGUAUUACAGAUGAAGGUUGUGCUGCUCUCGCUUCAGCUCUGAGGUCAAACCCCUCAUCACACCUGAGACACCUGUAUCUGUACGGUAAAGAAAGAGGAAAAUCAGUGAAUCUGCUCUCUGAUCUACUGAAGGAUAAACACUGUAAACUGGAGACACUGCACACUGAGAUGUGUUAACUCACCAGGACAGGUGUGUGACAAGAGUUUCACCACAAAGCUCACCUCAAAGAAGUUCUUGUGAACUGUUAGAACCUGUCCCACAUUUCCAGCAGUUUGGGAGCUGAAUCAUUCAUAUUCAGAUGUAGAAGCAUCAUAACAAUAAUUGUGACUGAUCACAUCAUUUUCUCCACUCAGUUAGAAGUUACUUCAGGCUUAAUAACAUAUAUUACAAACCAAAGUCAAAUCGUUCAGCGUCCAGAGCGGCAGGUUGCUUUGCCAGACUUGAACUGUUUGCAGACCAAUAACUAGAUAUUCGUUGGUGGAAAAGUGCAGAAUCAUUCCAGCACUGGCACCUUAUUGCAGUACAAACAUACACAUUAUUUGAUUCUACAAGAAAUGUGUUAAUGAGUCUUUAUUGAACAAAUCUAAGCUCAGAUCGCUGUGCCAUCUCCCCCCAAUGACACAUGACUGCAACAACCACCUGAGGCUUUACAAUCUAGAACCAACUGAAAUGUUAUUAAAUGAGAUUGUAUUUGUUUGGCUGAGACUCUCAUGAAUAACAGAACUGCAAAAUAAAAUUUCUCGCUAAUAAGCAUUAUGAUGAAGGUUAACAGAUUAAUAAUGUUCUUCUCUGGUUAUCACUUAAGAACAUGCCUGUAAUUCAUUAAUCUGUAAGCCCACAUUAGCUAAUUUCAUUAAACAUGCAUAUGAAUGUAAGUAAGCUCAUGCUGUAAAACAAAUGAAAUAGCUCAUGUUUUAACAAGUGAAAUGGCUAAACUAGAAAGUAAUGUCUUUCCUACUGCAUUAUAAAAGAUAACAUAAUAUAUAUGUAGCGUCCCCCUACCCUCAACCUUCAACUGAGCGAAGCACCGGGUUCUGGCUGUGUGUCUCUCAACUUAAUAUUAAUAUCCCUCCUAUUACCCUAUCACUUUACUGUAGCACAAAUUUAGUGGAUUCGGCCUUCCUACAGAAUUAUUUCUAUAACAAAUAACGGUUAAACCCCCCCCCCAAUUAACACUUAGAUUUAUUUAUAAAGAAAUCAAGAAAAUUAAAGUAAUGAAUUAUAUGAAUUUAUGUAACCGAGAAAAUCAAUAAAACUUGACUAGAACAGAAAAAUGUCUGCUGUGUUUUUUUUCUCUGAGAAAUACCUUUUAAACUACCUGCUCAGGGAUUCACAGUCUCAGAAAAUGGGAUAUCACCUAGAUACUGAAUCAAUCUCACAUUAAAUGGUGCCCCUAACACCACCAGGAGUAACAAAAGACACGGUUUUUAACU